GCCCAAUGCCCAUACAUUUAUUCACAAUGCCGGUUUGUAAGAAACACCGAGGGCCACAGAAAGGGCGUUCGUAUUGGCAAACAAACAGGCCACUAGAUUUUCCACCUAAUUGCCCAAAAAGAUGAACAUCUACCAGAUUAGGUUGCCGUCGAAGAGUGGGGUAGGUUACCUAUAUAAAAUGAGGGCGCAAACUUGCUCUCGUUACAUUUGUAUCAACUUUUUUUCGAAGCCCUUCGGGAUAGAAAUAAAAUACGCCGAUUCCGGUGGUGUGCGGUUUUUGGGAUGAUUUUGAAAAUGGACAGGGAAGAUUCUAAUUCGAGGAGUCUCAGCGACUUCAGCAUAGAGCACAUUUUGAAUCGAGCGGGGGGCGAAAGGAAAAACGAGGAUGUACAGGGUGAGCACAGCGGGAGGGUCGAUGUUUCCGGCGCCUUCGAUUGGUUGCAGUGUUCGAGGUUUUGUCCGCCGAAAGUUCCAAGAAUGACGCGAAGGGACGCCCCCCAAAAACGGCAACUCGGCCGCUACCCCCGCAUCCCGUUCACCAAUCAGCAGAUCGCCACCCUCGAGGAAAAGUUCCAGGAAAGCCCCUACCUCAGCAGCGACGAGGCCGCCUCUCUCUCCCAAAAAUUACACUUGGCCGAUGUCAAAGUGAAAAUUUGGUUCCAGAACAGGCGGGCCAGGAAGAGGAGGGAGGAAUUGGGGGUUGGCAGGAGCGCCGACAAGGGUGGGAAGAAGGGUGAGAAGGAUGCGAUGGAUGGUGCGUCGGGUUUGCAGGCGAUUUGGAGUCCGGAUCAGGCUUCGACUAGUUCCGGGUUUGUUGCUUGUCAGGCUGUGCCGUUUGUUUAUUUGAGCCCGCCUUCGAAAAUUUUGGAAUUCAACCCCCGGUGAAGCCAUAUCUGUAUUGAAAAUGACCUUGUAAAUAAUGUUUGUACAUAUAUUUGUUAUAUAAGUAUAUUUUUGGAAUGAAAUAUGA